UAUAUGUUUAUGUUGACGUAAUUGGGAUGCUAAUUUGACUACUUAGAUUGUGAAUUUUUGAGUAUCUUUUAGUUUAUUCACUGCUUAGGUUUACUGACCCACUUGAAGAAUCCUGUUAAUGUUGGCGAUUUUGGACAAGAGAUGUGUAAUCAAUUUAACCAGUUAUAGUUCUCCUUCAAUUCUCUGAUAAUUAUCUGCAAUUUAGUGUAGUUAUUGGUAUUUUUUUCUCCAUUAUCAAAUAAAUUUAUAUGGGAUUCCUUGAAUCACUUGCAGAGAUGGACCCAGAAAAAUUUCCAACCGAUGGCAUCGUUUGACUAUAAUAAACAAAUAUAGGGAUAUUUUUCACAAAAUUAUCAUUGGUCUGUUGCAAAAAGCACUGGAAGCUGCAAUGAAUGAUAUUAACAAUUCAUUCGGGAAAGGAAGUGUGACAAGGCUCGGAAGUCUUGGUGGAGCUCUUGUGGAAACAUUCCCAAGUGGCUGUCUCUCCUUAGACCUUGCGUUAGGUGGGGGCCUGCCAAAAGGGAGAAUCGUGGAGAUUUAUGGACCUGAAAGUAGUGGAAAGACCACCUUGGCACUACAUGCCAUUGCAGAAGUGCAGAAGCUAGGAGGCAAUGCGAUGCUUGUUGAUGCAGAGCAUGCGUUCGAUCCAUCUUAUUCUAAAGCACUAGGAGUCGAUGUAGAGAAUUUGAUUGUUUGCCAACCAGAUAACGGAGAGAUGGCACUAGAGAUUGCUGACCGCAUGUGUAGAUCUGGUGCUGUUGAUCUCAUUUGCAUCGACUCAGUCUCAGCUCUUACUCCACGAGCUGAGAUUGAAGGGGAGAUUGGAAUGCAGCAAAUGGGUUUGCAAGCACGUCUUAUGAGUCAAGCAUUACGUAAGAUGUCGGGCAAUGCAUCAAAAGCUGGAUGCACUCUUAUCUUUCUUAACCAAAUAAGAUACAAGAUUGGAGUAUAUUAUGGGAAUCCGGAAGUUACAAGCGGAGGUAUUGCCUUGAAGUUUUUUGCAUCUGUUCGACUUGAAAUACGCCCUAUUGGGAAGAUAAAGUCUGUCAAAGGUGAUGAGGAUGUCGGGGUUAAGGUCCGAGUAAGAGUUCAAAAGAGUAAGGUUUCUAGACCAUACAAGCAAGCAGAGUUUGAAAUUAUAUUUGGAGAGGGAGCAAGCAAAUUGGGAUGCAUAUUGGACUGUGCUGAAAUGAUGGACAUUGUAUUAAAAAAGGGUUCUUGGUACAGCUAUCGAGAUCAUAGGCUGGGGCAAGGAAGAGACAGGGCAUUGCAGUACUUGAGAGAAAACCUUCCGCUUUGUGAUGAAAUUGAAAAGAUUGUGAGGUCAGCAAUGAUGGAGGGAACUGGGCAAGCAGUUACUUCCUACACUCGACACUCAACACCAUUCCAUGAAGACGAUGAUUCACUUGAAGAGCUGGAAGAGCAAACGUAAAAAAAGAUUGGAAACUUGUAAGCCAUUUUGUAACCCUUUUUCCAAUCUCUUUAUGUUCUAAACAUGCCAUAUACCUUGUUGCAUGCUCGAUAUUUUAAAAUUUAUUCGAGCGAAUACGUUAACAAGGCGCGGGUACGAAUUCUACGUUAAAGUUACAUUCCACUUGCUAGUUUAUGUUCUUUGAAUGCCUCAGUAAUGACACCCGAGGGUUUGUUUAUUUGCAGCUUAAUGAGCUUAAUGGGACUCGCAGCUUAU